AUGAGCCUACUCGAAUUUAUCUCCAAAGUCAUCAAGAAUGUGGAUUUAAACGGUGACAACAAAAUAACCGAAGCACAGCUAUUUGAUCAAGUGGAAACUGAAGAAAUGCGAAAUGCCAUUUCCAAAGCACUCGCCACUGUCGAAAGAGACGAGGACGGAGGUAUCGAUCUGGGCAAGCUGCUAAAACUGUUGGAAGAGCCUCCCUCAGAAUAA